UUAUAUCCGAAGCCCCACGGAGCCGCCUGGUUCCUCUGGACUUGCAUCUUCUCCGGACCCGCAUCUUCUCCUUGAACUCGCCCCUUCCUGCUCCGGCAGCAGGAUGCAGGCGGCACCGGCUCCAUCCCAUGUCCAGCAGGUGAGCUCCGGCUCCAGCGCAGGAGGGUGCGGAGCGUGUGGUCCCGGCUUCGCCUCCCCCCUGGACGCCAUGAGAGGUCCCCGGGAGGAGAUCAUAUACGUGCCGUGCAUCUACAGGAACACCGGGAGACAGAAACCCGACUUCCUGGCCACGGUGGAUGUCGACCCCGCGUCCCCACGCUACUGCCAGGUGAUCCACCGGCUGCCCAUGCCCAACGUGGGGGACGAGCUGCACCACUCGGGCUGGAACGCCUGCAGCAGCUGCUUCGGGGACGUCACCAAGAAGCGCAACCGCCUGGUCCUCCCCAGCCUCAUCUCCUCCCGCAUCUACGUGGUGGACGUGGGCACCGACCCACGCGCCCCCCGGCUCUUCAAGGUUGUCAACCCCGAGGACGUGUUCUGGAGGUGCGACCUGGGCUACCCCCACACCUCCCACUGCCUGGGCAGCGGCGAAAUCAUGAUCAGCACCCUGGGAGACCCAGCUGGCAACGGCAAAGGUGGGUUCAUCCUGCUGGACGGGGACACCUUCGAGGUCAAGGGGAACUGGGAGAAAGGGGACAAGUCCCCACCGAUGGGUUACGACUUCUGGUACCAGCCGCGCCACAACGUCCUCAUCAGCACCGAGUGGGGGAUCCCCAAAUGCCUGGGGUACGGCUUCGACCCAAACGACCUGAAGAAAGGGCGCUACGGGCGCCGGCUCAACGUGUGGGACUGGACGGCGCACACCUACGUUCAGGCCAUCGACCUGGGCGAGGACGCGGCCCCCCUGGAGAUCCGCUUCCUCCACAACCCCGAGGCGGCCGAGGGCUUCGUGGGCUGCACCAUCAGCAGCGCCAUCCACCGCUUCUACAAGACUGAGUGUGGAACCUGGGCAGCCCAGAAGGUGAUCCAGGUCCCCAGCAAGAAGGUGCAGGGGUGGCUCCUCCCGGAGAUGCCAGGCUUCAUCACCGACAUCCUCAUCUCGCUGGACGACAGGUUCCUGUACUUCAGCAACUGGUUACACGGGGACGUGCGCCAGUACGACAUCUCCGACACCCGCCGGCCGCGCCUGGUGGGACAGGUCUUUGUGGGCGGCAGCAUCACCAAGGGGGGACCCGUGACCGUGUGUGAGGACGAGGAGCUGCCAAGCCAGCCGGAGCCCUUUGUCAUCAAGGGGAAGCGGGUGCCGGGGGGACCCCAGAUGAUCCAGCUCAGCUUGGACGGGAAGCGGCUCUAUGUCACCACGUCCCUGUACAGCGCCUGGGACAGGCAGUUCUACCCCGACCUCAUCAAGGAAGGCUCCGUGAUGCUGCAGCUGGACGUGGACACGGAGCGGGGCGGCCUGAGUGUCAACCGCGGUUUCCUGGUGGAUUUUGGGCGGGAGCCCGGGGGGCCCUGCCUGGCGCACGAGAUGCGCUACCCCGGCGGGGACUGCACCUCCGACAUCUGGCUGUAGGCACCUCCAGCUCCCCGCGCCCCAACACCCCCGCGUGCGUGGGCGCUGGGGCUCCAGCACUCAGCAAAGCCCGAGAAACCGUGCGCCCCGUGCUCGCUUCAAUAAACCCGGAGGUCACCGUCCUCCUCCUCCUCCGCU